GAGCAUUGGGAGGAGUUUCUGAUCCAGAUGGGGACUCCAGAAGCUAAGGUAAACCAUAAUUACCUUCAUUGAAUGAAAUUAUUAACUCACAUAUUAAUUUAUUUUAAACAAUUGUUUUAGGCUUUGAGUGAGAAGAAUAGGGAUAUACAGAAGGACUGCCGAGCACCCAGGACGGACGAGGGGUGUUGGGUCAUAUUCGGGCUAACGUAAAGUUUUCAAAGGCAACAUGAAGCCUCGUAAGCCCGAAGGUAACUAUAUGACUGAGGAGGAUCUUUUGCAGCGUCUUCCUUCCCUUCUGCAGCAGUAUGGACUAUCUGUGUCCGGGAGUGCUCCAGGAGGGGCAUCCAUGUCGCAGCACACACCGUCUGUACCACCUCAUUAUGAGCAGCGUAGUAGCAAGGCGUCUACAAAUUUUGUUGACGUCGCCGGUGUCACUGAGGUUGCUCCUUGUUACUUGAGGAUCUCUGAUCUAGCGGAUUACAUAGUGGCACAUGGAUCGGUUUUCCCACGUGCACCGGGAGAUAUAGUGCACGGUGUUCCCCUCCUUCCCCACCAGGUUAAGGUCUCUGUGACCCUUGUGCUUCCUGGAAUGGGUGAAUAUACCAUUCCUUGUCCGACUGAGCAUAUGGAGACCGUGGCCGAUUGUGAGGGGAGCUUCGUUGCAUGGCCUAAGUCGUUGGUGGGCGUUGGAGAUCCCCCGGUGCAGACGGCUCGACAUGGCGACUUCUCAUCAAGCAAAUCUCGUCCCAUUCUCGGCGUACGUCCCACUGCUCCUAGCUCUCCCGUACAGGAUGUUGUUGAUCGGAGCUCAUACGUCGCAUUCGGGCCGAGGUGCAGAGAGUUGUGUCAGUGGCUGACAUGCACAUCUGCUUUACCUACCAUCAGCGUUAUUCUCAAUCCUGAGUCCAUGCUCUAUCCAGAGGAGACGGAGUUGAGGAUGCGUUCGGAGAAUAUACGUCUUGGCGGUUACUUCGGGAACAACAUAUGUCUCAGCUUAAGGCUCGACCGGAUUGGGUUGAUGUUCCUGGAGUACCCCAACAAGAAGGGAACGUUGAGUGUGGUUAGUAUACAAUGCGAUUUUGUUGGCUCAUCGUUAAUAUGUGUGCAAAAUGUUCAGUACCGUUAUCCGAGGUAUUUCAUUCCACUAUGCCUUAUACUAGACCCGAGUUAGAGGAGAUUAGAGAGUUUUGGGCGGGGGGUUUUCUCGAUGAACUUAGAAGAGCACGUAGUAGUUUUACUCUUAUAUUUUUUAACAUGUACAAGUGGCGUGGAUGCAAAUGUUUGUUAGACAAAUGUGCAACUCUAGAGGGGGGGUGAAUAGAGUUGUUUUCAAGAAUAGGCGUUUUUCGUGUGUGUGAAAUAAUAAAAUUGGAGGAAUAAAUAUAGAGAAUAAGG